AUCCAUGAGGGAAAGCAUUAGAAACUUACACGCACCCUAACCCAUUUCAAGAAUUGCCGCAUGGAGGAUGCGUUUUCUAUAAAUAAUUGUAAAAAAAUGGUUUUCUGCUAUAUAAGUAACCAAAACAGAUAGGCACGUUAUGGUUGUGUCCCCCUUGGAUUAUUUUUUGUCCGUUAUCCUGGUUGAUUGUCACAGAAUUGGGCUUGAAUCUGUUCUGGUCUGAGUUAAUCUGAUCUCUGAAUUGGGUUUUGUUUUUGCAAUUGUCUGCCAUGGCCCAGAUCCAGAAUUCGUAUUCUGUAAGGGGUCCUUGGUUUGAAGGCAACGUCUAUAAUAGGGCUGAUCUUUUUGGCAGGAGAUUUGAGGUUGUGGGUAGUAAUGGGCCUCCUCACAAGAGAAGAAGAGAUACCUAUUUUCCUAACUCCUAUCCUGUUCUUCCUUUUGUACGGAGAACAGAGGAUGAAAACCUCUGUAUGCCUUCUUUGAAAGAAGAUACUGAUAAUAAUAAUAAUAGGUUUAGGGUUGGUGAAGAGGGGACUAGUUGUAGCGAAGGAUCUGAUCCUGAUUGUUAUUAUACAAGGGAGGCCAUUGAGAGAUUGUCACCUUCAAGAAGAGAUGGGAUUGAUCUGCAAAAGGAGACGUUUCUCAGAUGCUCAUAUGUGGCUUUUCUUCAAACAUUGGGAGCGCGCUUGCAGCUGCCACAGACAACAAUUGCAACUGCAAUUGUGCUUUGCCACCGAUUUUUCUUUCGGCGAUCACAUGCUUCCCAUGACAGAUUUUUAAUUGCAACAGCUGCCAUUUUUUUAGCGGCAAAGUCAGAAGAGACUCCUCGUCCUCUCAACAAUGUUCUUGUAAUGUCGUAUCAAAUUUAUCAUGAACAGGAUCUGGCAAGUUUCAAUUAUCGACUUCCAAAGGAUUGGUUUGAACAAUACAAGCAACUUGUUCUUGAGGCUGAACAUAUGUUGUUGACUGCAUUGGAUUUCGAGCUCACAGUACAACAUCCAUAUAGACCUCUAAUGUCAGUUCUGAGCAAGAUUGGACUUGCUCAUACAACAUUACUAAAUUUGGCAUGGAAUUUCAUUAAUGAGGGGCUCCGGGGCUCUCUGUCUCUUCAAUUUAAGCCUCACCAUAUUGCUGCUGGUGCUGUCUCUCUUGCUGCUAAUGUUCUGAAUUUUGAUCUUUCAAAGGCACCAGGUCUAUGGCAGGAAUUUCAAACAACGUCGAGUAUAAUUCAAGAUGUUGUUAAGCAAUUGACAGAACUCUCUUGAUUGUGAAGUUACAAAAGAUUACUUUUCGCUUUUCGUCAGAAACAGAUAGUUGCUUGUCUUGUAGAAACAGAUAGCUGCUUGUAGUGCACUCUGGAUCUGUAGAAAUUCCUUAGUCUAUAUCUUCUGGCAUGUCAAACAUAUGCUUGAAAUUGCCCGUGAGAGAAAUUAUAGAUGAAGUUGUCAUUACUGCAGCAGACAUGCACAUGACUGCAAGAUUCGGGGAACAUGUUAAUCUUUGUUGGGCAAAGAUCUUAAUAUAUAUAUGAAGCUCGUGUGUGUUCAGGAGUGUAUCCCAUGAAUCUGUUUCUUUUCCUGCAAUUUUAAAUACUCAAAAUUCUUUGGUUCGUGAUUUGCAUUGCACAAUGUUCCUAUAAAUGGUAUCUCAAGCAAUGGCAUAAUUUGAAGCAGUUCUUUUUGGAUGGCA